GGCGCACUAUGGAGGGACGAGGCCUCCCUCGCGGAAUCGCGCAUCUGCGCAGUCGGUGUUUAUUGUGACCGACGGGCCGCGGCCCCGGAUGUUGUGGCUCCCGGGGGGGAGAUGGCGGAGGCAGAGGGGGUGGCCGCGGCCCCAGGCCCAGCUUCGGGGCCUACUUUGAGGGGUCGCCGCACUAUGUCAGGCUCCUGGGAGCGAGACCAGCAGGUUGAGGCGGCGCAGCGGGCCCUGGUGGAGGUGCUGGGGCCUUACGAGCCUCUGCUGAGCCGGGUGCAGGCAGCCCUGGUGUGGGAGCGGCCAGCCAGGAGCGCCCUGUGGUGCCUGGGGCUGAACGCGGCUUUCUGGUUCUUUGCACUGACAUCCCUUCGUCUUGUAUUUUUACUUGCGUUCAGCUCAAUGAUCAUUGUGUGUAUAGAUCAAUGGAAGAACAAAAUCUGGCCUGAAAUAAAAGUGCCAAGACCCGACGCAUUAGACAAUGAGAGCUGGGGCUUUGUGCACCCUCGGUUGCUCAGCGUGCCCGAGCUCUGCCACCACGUAGCUGAAGUCUGGGUUAGUGGGACCAUUUUCAUAAGGAAUCUUUUGCUUUUCAAAAAGCAAAACCCAGGCAAGUUCUGCUUGCUGAGCUGUGGGAUACUGACCUUUUUGGCCGUUUUGGGCCGCUACAUCCCUGGGCUCCUGCUGUCCUACUUAAUACUUGUCACUGUCAUGAUGUGGCCCCUUGCUGUGUACCACCGACUGUGGGAUCGAGCAUAUGUACGGCUGAAGCCAGCUCUGCAGCGGCUAGAUUUCAGUGUCCGUGGCUACAUGAUGUCGAAGCAGAGAGAGAGACAAUUGCGCCGCAGAGCCCUACACCCAGAGCGUGCAAUGGACAACCACAGUGACAGCGAAGAGGAGCUUGCUGCUUUCUGUCCUCAGCUGGAUGAUUCUACUGUUGCCAGGGAAUUGGCCAUCACAGACUCCGAGCACUCGGAUGCUGAGGUCUCCUGUACAGACAAUGGCACAUUCAAUCUUUCACGGGGCCAGACACCUCUAACAGAAGGCUCUGAAGACCUAGAUGGUCACAGUGAUCCAGAAGAAUCCUUUGCCAGAGACCUUCCAGACUUCCCUUCCAUUAAUGUGGAUCCUGCUGGCCUGGAUGAUGAGGACGAUACCAGCAUUGGGAUGCCCAGCUUGAUGUACCGUUCCCCACCAGGAGCUGAGGAGCUCCAGAACCCUCCCGCCAGCCAGGACGAGGCUGUACUGCCGGAGCUCCUGCUUGGUGCCCUGCCUGCAGGAUCCAACCUCACCAGCAACCUUGCCAGCCUGGUCUCCCAGGGCAUGAUUCACCUGGCCCUGUCAGGGGCCUCCCAGCCAGGCCCUUCUGGCCCACCUCCCCGGAGAGCAACAAGAGGCUUCCUUCGGGCCCCUAGUUCAGACCUGGACACUGAUGCUGAGGGGGAUGACUUUGAACUUCUGGACCAGUCAGAGCUGAAUCAGCUGGACCCUGCCAGUUCCAGGAGCCACUGAGGCAGAGACUCCUUUUGGGGGUCACUGUGGUUUAGGUUUUUUUUCUCCCUAUCCCACUUAAGGUGAAGGGGCAAGGGAAGAACCCAGGUCCCAUCCACUGAAUUCUAUAUGUAUGCUUGGUGACCUGGCUGAAGCUCAGGCCUGCUGAGAGAGGAUACUCGCUCCCCGGCUACCAGCUGGACGCCCAUUUCUGAGCUCAAUCACUGCAGUGAGAGUGCUCCCCCAGGGGAGGCUUCUCCAUCAGAAUGGUACUUUUGGGGAACAAAGUAAUCAGGGGUAUUGGUUCCCCUUUGAGGGGGUGCUGCUGUUUGCUUCUAGGUAUGGGUGCUCGGGGGCCCUCAGUGAUAGAAGCCACCCUUUCCUUCCUUCCUCCCUUCAUCUCCUCCCUGGAGCUCCAAGUCAGGCAGCAGCUGGAAGAGUUACAUUGCCAUCCUCUUUUGCUAAGCCAUGAUUUGAUUUGUCUUUUUCUAAGCAAAUUUUUUGGUUCUGCAGAGCAGGCCUGCUCCCUCUGCCCUAGCCCAUCCUCAUUUCUUGAGGCUUAACCUCCAGUGCUCCAAAGUAGUGCUUGUGAAAUUUAGGAAAUGUGAACAUGAUGUGAGGGUCGGCCUCUUCAACAUUACCUUGGGCUGUGGGGUCAGCUGGCUGAGAGGGCGGGUGCCUCUAUAUCUCAUGGUCUCAUGGAAUCUUCUGAAGCUGCCUGGUUAUUUUUGGUGCUGCUAACCCCUGGCUCCAUUUGACCAUCAGCCUGAGCAACGAGCAAAGCAAUACCAUACCAUAUCCGUUUCCAUGUUCCCGUUC